AUUUUCAGGGAUUAUAAGUCAGCUGCUUACUUAUGGAGUCGCACGAUCGGGCAAGCUUUCCAAGUAGAGUUAUUUAGUUGGCACUGGGAAGACUGGUCGAAGAAGGAUUUAACAAGGGAGGAGACUUCAGAUGCUGAUCUGCCUUGGAAUGUCUUCUUCAUCAUACCGUUAUGGUGUAUCUGGAAGAAUCGAAACGAAUGAGCUUUCAAUGGAGUAAGCAAGACUCUGUCCACCCCUUCUCUUCUUUAGUCAAUUCGGAUUAAGGCAGACUUAUGGUUCCGGGCAUGGAAGGCACCAAGCUUGCUGGUCGGCAUGGAUAAUUCCCCUCCCAGCCGAGUCAAUGUGCAGAUUGGGAGGAAGGAACCUCCUGCAGGGUGGUGGAAGCUGAAUGUGGAUGGAGCGGCAAAUCAGAUUCAGGGGAUUGCUGGUACGGGAGGUGUGUUGCGAGAUGACAAUAGUUCUUGGGUAGGUGGUUUCGUCACAAAUCUGGGUUCAUGUCAUGCCACCAUGGCUGAAAUUUGGGCCAUUUACCAUGAACUCUGGUUAGCUUGGAACAACGGAUGCAGGACCCUCAUAGUGGAAACAGACUCUCAAGUGGCCAUUCAACUGGUGAACCAUAGGACUGAUUCUCUUCACUUGUAUGAUGCCCUACUCACAGCUAUUAGACGGAAAAUUUCUCAAGAUUGGGUGGUGAAUCUAAUUCAUACAUACAGGGAAGGGAAUAGAGUCGCAGACUGGCUCUCAAAGCACAGUCUCGUCUAUCUCUAUGGUAUGUAUGAGUUAGAGACACCGCCUGAGGAGCUUCAACCGCUUCUGCAUGACGAUCUUUGAGGCAUCACCUAUACUAGAAGUGUAGUGUCUUCGACCUCUCUUACCCCCUCUUAGUCUCUCUCCCUCCUGUAAUAUUCAUCCUUCUUUGGCUUGAUGCCUCCAGUAAUGCAAAAAAAAAAAAAAAAAAAAGCUUAACCAUAUUAACUAAAUUGGCUUAAGUUGGGCCUAAGUGAUGAAAUUUUGGGCUUCACAAGGUACCUCAACGCAUACCCCUUGACCCACCAAACACCCACCUAUCAUGCAAUAGGAGUCAAGCGUAGGCGAAAUUUGGCUAAGUAUGGAGACUCAACCACAAGGGAGGUCAUACAUGACAUCGUCCAAGGGGGGUCAAGCGUCGACUACCCAAGUAGGCAUGGUGGUGGAGAAACAAGGCUAAAUGUUGAGACUCAACCAGCAGGGGGGUCAAUCAUGACAUCAUCCAAGGGGAGCCAAUCACAUCGUAUAAGAGGGGUAGAGACAGUGGGGAUGGAAUUUGGCUAAGUGUAAAGACUUCUCCACCCACCCCUCAAGCAGGUUGCGCACCAGGGUACUAAGCAUGAUAUCCUGCCAAUGGGGUAUGGCACAACACACCCUCUUUCCAAGUAGUCAGGCAUUCUAGGCCUCAUUGAUGGUAGACCAGCUUGUCAAGGCCCUACAAGCAUGAUGCCAUCCCAAAGGGUCCGUGUGAAUCCAUCAACUCCCCAAGCACCUUGGUGUAGAGCAUGACGUCAUGCAAGGGUGGUCAGCAUGAGGCAUCCAACGUCAAGAUGAAAUCGAGCGAGAUUCCUCCACGACAAAAGCUAGCUACAUGCCAAGUGAAGUCGUCAAGCUAUCAAGGUACCAAGUGAUAUGCAUGCAAGCAAGGAGGUUAAGGUGUUAAGCAGGCUACAUCAAGUACCAAGUAUGAGAGGCAGUAGUUACAAGAGGCAGUUACAUGUCGGUUACAAGGGAUGGUUAUAAAAAGGAAAAACAAUG